AAAAUAAAGUAUAGUGGGCUUGGAUCACAAAGCAGCCCAAAACAAAACUCCAAAAUUCCUAGGGUUUUUCACAGCAGAUUUCACAACUACACCAGAUUUCACAGCUCCUCUUCUCCAUCGCAACUCGGAGUAUCGAAGAUGAGUAAGCUUCAGAGUGAUGCUGUUAGAGAAGCAAUUACAGGAAUCAUGGGUGCUUCAAAGGAUAAAGGACGUAAAUUUGUGGAGACUAUUGAGCUCCAGAUUGGUCUAAAAAACUAUGAUCCUCAGAAAGAUAAGCGUUUUAGUGGGUCUGUUAAGUUACCACAUAUUCCUCGACCCAAGAUGAAAAUUUGCAUGCUUGGUGAUGCCCAACAUGUUGAGGAGGCAGAGAAAAUAGGAUUGGAAUCGAUGGAUGUUGAAGCUUUGAAGAAGUUAAACAAAAAUAAGAAACUGGUGAAGAAAUUGGCAAAGAGGUACCAAGCCUUUUUAGCUUCUGAAGCUGUUAUCAAGCAGAUUCCUCGUCUGUUGGGUCCUGGUCUCAACAAGGCAGGAAAGUUCCCUACACUUGUUUCCCACCAAGAAUCUCUUGAGGCUAAGGUCAAUGAGACUAAGGCUAUGGUUAAAUUCCAGCUUAAGAAAGUGUUGUGCAUGGGAGUAGCUGUUGGCAAUGUCAGUAUGGACGAGAAACAAAUAUUCCAAAAUGUACAACUGAGUGUUAACUUCCUCGUGUCCUUGUUAAAAAAGAAUUGGCAGAAUGUGAGGUGCUUGUAUCUGAAGAGUUCAAUGGGCAAAUCAUACCGCGUCUUUUAAUUUUAAAGGGGUGUUUUCAAUUUCAGUGAAUUUGGGAUUGCAUUUAAUAUUUUGUUAUUGUAAUAGCCUGGAUAUGAAUUUUCCUAUGUCUACAAUUUUGUUCGUUGAUAUUUUGUCGUUAGUAUUUGUGUUAUUGAAUGCUGUUUAAUCCCCGUGGUUUA